AUGGCCAAGAGGCUUAAGGUGGGAGCAGCGUCCAAAGACUCAGGCUCCUCCGAUCCUCGGCCGUCGACUGGUGUCGAAGGUGCCCCGCCUCGUCCAUUGGUGGGGGAGUCCACCCCACCAUCGCCGAAGCGGGUCGAGAGGAAGAGAGGAGAGGAAGAACACGAGCGGGAGACACAGCAACAGCUGCAGGAGGGGCAGCAGAAGCUGCAACAGGAAGGAGAAGGAGAGGAGGUGCGGCGGCUAGAAGGAGCCCAGCUCGAGGAGCUGCUAGAGCAGGAUUGGCAGCAGGAGCUGCGGGAGCUCCAGGAGCAGCAGCAGCAGAGGAGCCAGCAGUUGGAAGCGCUGCUCGAGCCACCACCAUGCAGAGUGCCCGCUUCUAUCUCGGCGGAGCCAGGGCGGGCGGAUGGCGUGGUGGCGCUUGCUUGCAUGAUGCGCACCCCGGUGGACCCCCAGUCCGAGAUCAAGGGCACGGAUCUGAAAGAGACCUCCCGCAUCAAGUCAAGCUUUAUCCAUGCGACGAGGGGCGGCUGGGAGCAACUCCCUCUCCUCAAGGACCACCUCCUGGAAUCGCAGGAGAAACUCCUCAAGGCUUACAAGGAGCUGUUGGCACUCGAGGAGGAGAAGAAGGAGAGGGAGUCCGCUCUGGCCGAAGCUCGGGAGGCCUCGAGGAAAGCGGUGGAAGAGGCUACGCUGUUGAGGGAGCGGACCGUGUCGGUCGAGGAGGCUGCAUCCAAGGCCCGGGAAGAGGAUGCAUUCUACAAGGAUGCAGCUGCCGAUCUUGACAAGGAAAAGGUCCUUAUCAAGGCUGACCUCGCCUCUGCUCUAGAGGCAUUCCAGGAGAUGAAGGUUGAGUGCGUGAAGGGCGAGAUUGCUCGGAGCGCCACAGAGGAAGCCAAGAAUAAGGCCCUCGAGGAUCUCGAGGCGGAGCAGGCUCGAUCUCGCCGCCUCUCUGACGACGUCGACUGUCUGAAGAGAGCGUUGUUGGAGAAAGAUGGAGCCAUUGUGUAG